CGGACUGGCGAAGCGGCGAACCCGACUGUGAGACACCCAGAGAGCAAGAGAUCUCGGGAGUACAUGAAGCCGACUGUUAACUCCAGGCUCUGUUUACCACACAAAGUCGGUUUACGUUAGGUAACGAUGACUACAUCAGGUUCCUUGGAUCGAAUGGAACUCUGUGAAAGCCUCUUGACAUGGAUCCAGACAUUUGGAGUGGAGGCUCCAUGCAAGACAGUAGAAGACUUGACAAGUGGCAUCGUCAUGGCCCAAGCUCUACAGAAAAUAGAUGUAGUGUAUUUCAAUGACUCUUGGAUUAGUAGAGUCAAGCCAGAGGUUGGAGAUAACUGGAGGUUAAAGAUCAGCAAUCUAAAGAAAGUUCUAAAAGGCAUCCUAGACUAUAACCAGGAGAUCCUAGGCCAGCACAUUAACGACUUCACACUACCAGAUGUUAACCUUAUUGGAGAGCACUCUGAUGCAGCAGAACUUGGGAGGAUGCUUCAACUUAUACUGGGCUGUGCUGUCAACUGUGAACAGAAACAAGAAUACAUCCAGACCAUAAUGAUGAUGGAGGAGUCAGUGCAGCAUGUUGUCAUGACAGCCAUCCAAGAGCUGAUGAGUAAAGAGACUCCGGUGAUGGGAGGAAAUGACUCGUAUGUGGAUCUAGACAGACAGCUGAAGAAGACAGCAGAGGAGCUGAAUGAUGCUUUGUCUACCAAGGAAGAGAUCGCCCAGAGGUGCCGCGAGCUUGACAUGCAGGCCCUCCAUGUCCAAGAGGAGCGUGAUAGACUGAGGUUAGACUUUAAUGAGCUAGAAGAGAGGGUGGCAGCCCUGCAAGAGGAGAAGAGCAGUUUGCUGGCAGAAAACCAGAUCCUGAUGGAGAGACUUAACCAGUCUGACUCCAUAGAGGACAUAAACAGCCCUGCUGGACGCAGACACCUCCAGCUGCAGACACAACUGGAGCAACUGCAGGAAGAAACUUUUAGGUUGGAGGCAUCAAAAGAUGAUUAUCGGAUCCGUUGCGAAGAGCUUGAAAAAGAACUCUUGGACGUGAAGUCGCAGAAUGAAGAGCUUGCGUCGCUGGCUGAUGAAGCCCAGUCUCUCAAGGACGAGAUGGAUGUCCUCCGGCAUUCAUCAGACAAAGUGUCAAAGCUGGAGGGCACAGUGGAGCACUACAAGAAGAAACUAGAGGACAUGGGACUUCUCAGGAGACAGAAUAAGCUUAUGGAGGAGAAGAACACAGUGUUAAUGCAGAGCACCGUCAGUUUGGAAGAAGAGUUACGAAAGGCGAAUGCUACCAAGGGCCAGCUGGAGACAUACAAGAGACAGGUGGUCGAACUUCAGAACAGACUGUCAGAGGAGUCGAAAAAGGCCGACAAGAUGGAGUUUGAGUACAAACGCGUCAAAGAGAAAGUGGACUCUCUACAAAAAGAAAAAGAUCGUAUGCGGACGGAGAGAGACUCUCUGAAGGAAACUAUUGAGGAGCUACACUGUGUCCAAGCCCAGGAGGGACAGCUUACAUCAGGUUUGUUCCCGAUGGUCAGCAACGAUGGCUCUGAUUCACUGGCUGCUGAGAUCACCACCCCAGAGAUUCGAGAACAUUUGAUUCGUCUUCAGCAUGAGAACAAGAUGUUGAAGCUGGCCCAGGAGGGAUCAGACAAUGAGAAGAUUGCACUGUUGCAGAGUCUACUGGAGGAUGCCAACCGAAGAAAGAACGAACUGGAGACAGAGAACAGGUUAAUCAAUCAGCGCCUGAUGGAGGAACAGAGUCAGGUAGAGGAGCUACAGAAAAAUCUUCAAGAACAGGGUUCCAAAGCGGACGAUACUAUAUCUUGCAUUCUGAAGAAGAAAUAUGAGGAGCACAUGGAGAAACUACGAGAGUUGAACAAUGAGUUACUGAAGAAGAAUGCCUUCAUCGAUGAAAUGGAGCCGAAAUACAACAGCAGCUCCCAACGAGUGGAAGAGCUGGAAGAGGCCUUGAAGAAGAAAGAUGAAGACAUGAAACAGAUGGAGGAGAGAUAUAAGAAAUAUCUGGAAAAAGCCAAGAGUGUGAUCCGGACCCUGGACCCCAAACAGAACCAGGGUUCAGGUCCAGAGGUCCAGGCCCUGAAGAACCAGCUGCAAGAGAAGGACAGGAUGUUGCACUCAUUGGAGAAAGAGAUGGACAAGACAAAAAGCCAGAGAGAUUACGAGGAGAAACUGAUUGUGUCAGCCUGGUACAAUAUGGGCAUGUCUCUGCAGAAGAAGGCGGCUGAAGACAGACUUGCCAACACCGGUUCUGGUCAGUCCUUCCUGGCCCGGCAAAGACAAGCCACCAGCACACGCCGCUCCUAUCCGGGCCACGUCCAGCCAGCUACCGCAAGAUCCAUGAGGUAGAGAUGCCAGGCAAGGCUGUCCAAAAUCUAAGACUAAGCAUAUUUUACCCUGACCGCUGUGAUGCCAGGCUCCUACCCUUUUAACACCCCCAGCAUAUUUGAUAGGGCCUGACUAAUCACCCCAAACACCUUCUCUUCCUUCCUCAACCUGUACUCUGUGGCAAACUUUUGUCAGGCAGGUACAUUUGGUCCCCAAGGCAGAGAAGAAUGGCAUCUUCUUGACAAGUUACUGUCAGUUUUUGUUUAGGGGAGCCGCUCUGCCUGUUCAUGCAGUACUUAUGCACAUGUCUACCUGUCAUAGCAAUUGAGGUUCAUCUUGUUUCUUGAGUGGAGUUGACAGAUUUUCUGUCCUGCGUUAUCUGUUUUAACUCUUAUGAUGUAGCUUUCAGCAGGCGACAGCCAUUGUAAUUUACAUGUCUAGUGUAUUUUUUAAGUGGUGAUACGUUGCACUUCUGCCGUGUGAUUAUGUUUUUGAUUUAUGAAUUUAGAUGCAAUAUUGAGCAACAAAUACAUUGAGGCAUAGGAAGAUGUAUAGUCAUCACAUGUAAAUGUUCCAUUUGCUUGCUAAAUGGUCUGAAUGAUCUCUAAUAGGGCGACAUGAUUUGGAGAAGGAAAAAAAAAAUAGGUAACUGUCGGCUGGUAAUAGUGCAGCAUUAAUCGUGAAUGGUAAUUUCCCCUGGGAAUUUUUUUUAAAGUAACUGCUUCAGCUGUUGAAGUUGUUUUAAGAAGCUGCAUUCCCCAUCUAGGGAGAUUGUGGCAAAGAUCAAUGUGCGACAUAACUGUGUAGACUGGUUUUCAUUAUGUUUCUUAAAAGGAGCCAACGUCGAGCAAUGUUUCACAUGGUUUUAGCUUUACCAGCAUUUACCAGGUUGUCUCGGACAACACCGUAUGUGUCAUAGUGUUAGAUUCCACGGUAUUUGGUCAAUAUUAUACUGGCAACACUGCAGGCGUCCCUCCUCACACUACACAGAAAGACAUAGUCACGAGAUAGUUCCUGAGUUUUAGAUCCUGGGACUGUUUGGUUUGUAGAUCGCCCUUUAUGCAAUUAUAACAACAAAGAGAAGGCGUUUAUUCAGUGAACUCAUUGAAGCAGACUUAUUUUCCAUAUCAUUUUAGAAUCCAUUGAUUGCUAUCAUCGUCAAAAGGUUUUUCAAGGUUUGUGAGAAGGUGUUUUGAUAAGCACGAUGCAGAAUUGCCCAUGCCACUUUAAAUAGGAGUCUUGAAUAGGUAUGCUUGUUGCAGCUGUUCCUGUCCUUUCUGCAACCCAUUUGUGGUUCCACUCUGUUUACAUUGUCAUUGUUUUUAAGGCACAUCAUGAAUGAUUUGUUAUUAACAUGACAGACCUUUAGAAGUCUGGGAAUUAACCCUGUUCGUUUGCUGUGUAUAUGUUUUAGAUCAUGCUCAGAAUGUUAAUUCUAACAGGCCCCGCCGUCUGACCGUUAUCUCUCUUUCUCCUCCCUCAACAGCAAUGUCACUGCAUGACUGGCACACCAAUGAACCGGCCAAACCUUGUGUGGCUCGGCCCUGCCUGUCUUUGGCCUGCGCUGGCCCCAGGCUGGGCUAGGCUGAGACACACGAUGCAUGAACUACCUGCCUGCCUACUGUUUUGCAUGACUUUGCAUUGACACGACUUGCGAAUAACCAGCGCAGCAGCAUGAGCACUAACAACCGUUUGCAGUGUCAUGCAUUGUAACCUCCAGACAAGCCUGGGGAGGCCAGCAAUUUAACUCCUUCCCACCUUUCCAGUUCCUUGCUUUUCAUAUUCUCCUGCUCGUUGUUACAUUCUCCAUUUUCAUACUACCCCCCACCCCACUCUUUAUUGACAUGCCACACCGCAUCAAGUCUGUUACAAUUCAGCUGUUACAAACACCAAGGACAGGGGCAGAAUAUCGCAGCAUAGUAUGUCAAUCCAGCAGUUGAUCUCUCAAUAGGCCUUUUCUGCAGUGUGUAACUUGACGUUGGCUGGCUGCUUCAGGAUACCUCAGUGACAUAUUCCCACAUAUCUGUUUUUAUUGACAUGGUUGGAGGAGAGUCUGCAUUAGUGUGAGAGAAAUAUUUGAGAGGUGCAACCUGCAAAUCAGUCUGCCUAACAACAAAAAAAAGUGUGCCAGCCUCUCCUCAACAUGUUGCUAGAUGGCUUCUUAGAAGUGAUUUUACCUCAAGUAUUAGUGAGUACAACAAGGAGCGCUUAUGGGGCAUUACUGUGAUGCCCUGUAAGCUUUGGGACAGUUUGCAGUAGGAUGGCAAAAAUAAGUGUUUUAAAAUGAAUAACAUUGUUACAGAUAUGCUUUUAUACUGAAUACAAGCCCCUAUUAAGCCUACUUUAAAUUUUUCUUUAGAUGGAAUUUAAUACAGUUAAAUACAUUUUACCAUAAAACAUUAAUACUAACUUGAUAGAAUAAAUGCCGGAAUUCUAUUUUUUAUUUUUUUAAAUAAGGAUGUAACUGUACAUCAGCUCACGCAGGCUAAUGUACAGUACUUUUUGUAGGCUCGAAAACACUAACUAUUUUAAAAACGUUGACAGGGAAACCAUUGUAACAAUCUAAAAGGAUCCUGUUAAUCACAGAUGAAACCCUUAUUCAAUACAUGUCAGGAUGUUCAUACUGUAGUAACUGCAUUUCUUUCGUUAACACAACCUAACCGAACAGUUAUGUGAAAAACAUUUUUGCCAUUAACGGAAAAAAGUUAAGACUGCUUACACAUGCAGUAUUAACCAAAUGAGUUAUACAAGACACAUUUUAUAGUAUCCGUCAUAGGGAAACUUAGCUUGGUGUUGCUGUAUACAUAGUCAUACUGUGCAUUGUGUGUCGCUUUUUAAAAUAAAUGUCUUAUUUAAAUUUUAUUUCCAGAGCGUCUUAAAAGUAUGUUGAUAAAAAGAGUGAGAAAGAAAAUAAAUACCUGGACCUAAGGAUAUAUGCAUAUUAAAGGCAUAAUUGCAUAUAUUUUUCAAAUGAGAGAUUGUUUAGUCCUCAAAUGUAGUGCCUUUGUUUAAAAUACGUCAAGAAAACAAGAUUGGCUAGUCUUUUAAAGACUAAAGGCAGCAAGGCAUGCCACAUUUAGAGACCAAUUAUAUUGCGUUAUUUGAGAAAAUAGAGAAAAAAACAAUGCCAGAGAUGAGCUUUAAUCUCAUCUACAUGAUACAUUUCUCGACAGAAAACUUCUAUUCAAAUGAAGUAGACUUAAUGAGGGCUUUUCUUCUUUGUAUUUUAACCUAUUUUACUCAUACAUGUUAUAUUGUGUAACCUUGGAUUAAUUCAUGCCGUGCAUUUUUAUCUUAAUGGCUUAUUUAUUCUUUUGCCGCUUGUACAGCAGUGUUAUUACAUUUUUUUUAAAUAUCAGUAGUAUUAUAAUAUCACCACUUAUACUGUUACAAUGGAUGUGAAGUUUCCAUACAACAUUAAGAUACUGUUAAAUACUUGUCUUAUGCAACAAAAGGAGAUGGUUUGAAAUAGUGUAGUGUCUGUCUCCAUUUAAUAAAAUGACACAGAGGUUAUUACCAGUGUCAUCUGAGACCAGUGUAAAAUAGAGAAAACACUGUAAGGUUCCAUUUACCUCAAGUCUUUUUAGGAAGAGGAGUUUCUUAGAAAACGUGUCCUGUUUGAAACGGAACGUUUUCUCAUUAACAAAAAAAAAGCACAUUUUUACACUUUUAAUUCAUUGUAUUGUGAAUUUACUUUGACCCUACAAAUUAUCAUAUUUUCCAGUGUUUUAGCGAUAGCGACAAAGAUGCCGGCCACGUUCACGGGAAAAGGCAUUAUAUAGCUGUUGGGCGUGCGUAUGUAAUUGCAUUCAAAUAAAGUGUGCUCAGACGUUUGGAUAACUUGAAUAAACAAGGAUUCUACAUUUGGGCAUCAAAUAAAUUAAAUUAGUUUCUAGAAGUGAGCGGGGAAAUCCCAUUUGCAGUAUGAAUUCAUUUGCAGAGUAAAGACGUGAUGCUUUGUCCAGCUCUCUACUUGUUUCUGUCCAAAUCUGUGUUUUGUAAACCACUUGCCAUUAACAUUCAGCUGUAAGUUAUAUUACACACAAGUCUUUUAACCGUCCAUCCCCACGAGUCACUGGUUUGCUAAGAAAUCUGUAUAUAAUGGAACACAUCCGCAUUGUGGUUGACCUGUUUUAUCAGGGAUAAUGGGGAAACAAUUUCUUUUAUUUAAUAUCUCUCUAAGAGAAAACUUAUUAUGUUGUCCCCUUUUAUCCCCCAUCAAGUCAGCCACUGUACAGUAUUUUGUUGCUCAUUUGUGUCUGUGUAUAUACUUAACAUUUCUGGCAAAUAAUGAGUAACCAGGGAAAGUUUAUCACAGUAAUAUAACCAGAGAAACUGGCUGCAGGAGCUAUCUAGUUUCUGCCAUUUUCAGACCUAAUGGCAAUUUCUUCUUAAUAAAGAAGCAAAGGUGACAUUUGAUGUACUGUUCAAGCUCUAACCCCAAAUAUUUCCUUGAUAUUCAUGUUUGAAUGUUGAGUGUUUGCGAACAAAAUAACUGAAUGAAGAUUGUAGUCAUCUUCUCAAAACCUGAUCAUAAUUUGGUGUAUUACUUAUAUGCCUCAGCUAAAGAAAGUACCCAGUGUUCCUUAGUGUUACUUGACUGCUAAAUUGCACUGUCAAAAGUGUAUUAGAGAGAUGACACAAACAACAUGAGGAAUCUUAUCACUACGCGUGCAGUGUUUGCUGUAUUUUUUUACUCAUUGGAAAACUUUUCUUUACAUAUUGAAGUAGCAAAUAACCUUCCAUUUGCCAAGUUUUAUAUUGCUUGUAUACAAACACACUAUGUACAUACUAAUUAUGACCGUGGUAGAGGAGGUGUCUGGCCAUUUGAGAAUGAGAAAAUAAGACCCAUGUCAUCAUAGCAUCUGUCCGAUGAGGACCUAUUGAUGAAAAUGUGCUUCCUACACUGCAAAACUUGGAAAUUACAUUUUAAAUAAAGCUUGUAUAAAACAG